ACGGCAUGUUGGGUUGCUACAACCAACAUGGAAUCACUCACCUGAUCUUCUUUGAUUGGUUGGAUGUCGAGGAAUCGACAAUGGGACCUGUAUACAUCUCCGGUUAAAAAUCACUCACGCGCAUUUUCACCUGUUAUCAAUUAUGGACCAUCCCAUAUUCAAAUGAUCCAUCCACAGUUUGAUCGACAUCCGUUAACUCCCUUCACCAAAUUCAAAAUGAUGCUUAUUUGUAAUGCAUGAUUUAAAAUAGAAGUCAGGUAAUAUAAGAUAAGUGGGUUCCUGUAGAAUCUAUUAUCUGACAGAAAGAAAAUCAAACCUCCUCCAAACCCAGAUCAAGAAAUAUGGGAUAAAUAAGAUAACGAAAAAAAUAUAUUAUUUUACUUGACACAAUCUUUUGGUAGAUAAAGAAACAGCCGGCCACGUGGCAAAAACAUGGGUACUCUUUAAGUACCACCACAAGAUCCUGACCGUAGAAAACCGAAUCUGAGGCGCAGAGUUCAAACAUUGAAAAGGGUAAAUAAAAUAUAUUCCAACGGUCGAAUUGGAUUCACCCCAUUUUAAUAGGAUACGCCUGUCUGUCUGUGCGAGAGAGAGAGAGAAAUGAGGCAGAGAAGAAAGAUUGGAUCAGAAAUCCCAGAAACCCUAAUCGUGGAGGAGAAAGAAGCAGAAGAAGGACGAUUCUUCGCAUGCUAUCUGUUGACCUCUCGCAGCCCCCGCUACAAAGGCCACACCUAUAUUGGAUUCACAGUGAACCCACGGCGUCGUAUAAGACAGCACAAUGGUGAAAUAGGGCAAGGUGCUUGGAGAACGAAGCGGAAGCGUCCAUGGGAGAUGGUCUUGUGCAUCUAUGGUUUCCCAACUAACGUUUCUGCUCUCCAGUUUGAAUGGGCAUGGCAGAACCCAACUGUAUCAAAGGCAGUUAGGCAGGCUGCUGCAAGCUUUAAAUCCCUUGGGGGGCUUGUCAGUAAGAUCAAACUCGCAUACACCAUGCUCACCCUCCCUCCUUGGCAGAGCUUGAACAUCACUGUAAACUUCUUUUCAACCCAGUACACCAAACAUUCUGCUGGUUGUCCACGCCUUCCGGAACAGAUGAAGGUCAAAGUCUGCUCCAUGGAUGAGCUUCUUUCAUGUACUAAACUAUCUGAUGACCUUUUGGAAAAUGAAGAUGAGUGGUGUAAUGAAAGGGAAUUUGAUGAAGAUAUGAAUACCAGUACACUACACGAUGAAACAAUAUCGGACUUCAUGGGUCAUAAUUCAGCAGAUAAUCAGCAGAGUGAUAGUGGCAAUAGAAUGAAUGAAGUAUAUGGAUGCAGUAAAGAAGUAGGAGAAGAUGAGUGGUAUAAUGGAAGAGAAUGUGAUGAAGCUAUGAAUGAUGGUACAUUACAGGAAGAAACAUUAUCUGAUCUUAUAGUUCAAAGUUCAGCGGAUGAUCAGCAGGAUAAUACCAGCAAGACAAUUAACAAAGCACAUCGAGGCAGUCAAGAAGUAGGAGAGGAUUGUACAGAGCAAUUUGGUUUGAUCGCAUCGCCAGUGAGAACACCAUCUUCAAAUGUCACUACCUCAUUUGACACAGAAGUAACUAAAGAUAUAGGAUCUGCUGAUGCCAUUAGUGUUAAAUUGGGUCGACCUGCAAUGGAACAAUUGACAACUAUAGUUGCAGACCACCAGUCGCCCAGCAGAAGCUAUCUCCGGCCUUGUGGAGCUGAGGUAAUAGAUUUGACAACCCCAGCUCCCCUAUGCAGAAGCCAUUUAUGUGGCAAGAAGAGAGUUGCUCCUGUUUAUCCUCAGAUUAUUGACUUGACUAAGUCUCCCAAUUUCAUCCAACUAUAGAAGGACUUGGACAUGUAUACUACAACAACCAAACCAAACAAGUUUAUAUAUGUUUGAUGAUUUUAUGGUUUGGUCGAAUAAUUUAGAGGAAUUUAUUGUCAUCUUUGCCUGAUGGCACAUUGUAAUCACAAUAGUAAUAGCCUUCUGGUUCAA